AUGGCGAAUAAUGAUGAGGUAAUAACAAAAAGGUGUCGCAUAUGGAAUCCCGCUUUGGAUGAUUGUUAUAAUGUCAACAGUAAUGAUAAAGAUACAUGCUCAGUCAAUUUUCAAAAUGAUCACAUUCCCCAGAAUUAUGCAAGUUUGAUGCAACCAUAUAUUACAACACCUAUGCAUUCUAAUUAUAUAAAAGGGAUACAACAAAAUCAAAAUACAGCAAUGAGUUUUCGAUUCAAUAUUACGCUGUUACCUAGUAAACAAAUCAUAUUUUCUCCCUUUACUUAUUUCUAUUAUUUAAAUAUUUAA